AAGCGGUCACCACUGCUAACCUCAAGUACGGCAAUUGGCCCGCAUUUGACUACUGCCACGCCAUGAUUGCGCCCAUCGAUGACGCACUCGACAGCUUCGCCAAGAUAUACGGCAAAUAUCACCCAUGGAUUAGUGCCCUUUUGCUCUGGAAGUUGAAAGUCGAGUGCAGUUUAUAUAACUGUGAAGAGAAUGAAGACAUUACUAAACAGCAAAUCUUUACUACAUUUAGACGACUCAAAGACACCCUUUCGGUAACUCAUGGUCCGGAUCACGUCUGGUCUCACAAAUUGAAAUCAAUUGACAAUUCAUUUGAACAUUUUAUGGUUACGGACACCGAUUCUAUGGAUUCCGACCACUUUCUCAAUAUUGACAGUACUAUAGAGCAGAUCAUUCCGCGGACAGUAAUUGAGCAGAAAUUAGCCUAAAUUUAUGAUUUCAUUGAUUAUGAAUUUGUUAAUUUUAUUUAAUUCAUUAAUUAUUAAAUAACCCAAUUUUUGAUUAACUUUCAAAAUGUACGUAAAUUUAUUUAAUUAAAUGAUUAUUUUUAUUUAAAA